AUGACUCGAAUUCCUAUGCGGCGGGGUCCAUCACCAUGGACGCGCUCACGUCGACUCAUGAACAGCGCCAGCAAUUCAAAUGUUGUUGACAUGGAAAAUUAUCAGGGUACAAUCUACUUCGCUGACAUUAUAGUGGGCGGUUCAACAUUUGUGGUGCUGGUGGACACAGGCUCAUCCGACUUGUGGAUCUCGUGCCACGACCUCAAUGGUUCCUCAUGUAAGUCUACGUGUCCGUCAAAUGCCAAGAUUAUCACAUACGGUUCUGGUGACGUCUGUGUGUUACAAACGUCCGCUGACAUUGAGUUUGGCAACAUCGCCGUGUCCAAUUACGCCGUGGGGGUGGCACAGGGCCCUAAUGUGAACCGCAACAGCUCCAGUUCGCUGCUUGCAGGUGGCGCUGAAGGGCUUUUUGGAUUAGCUUAUAGCGCACUGGCUACACUUCCGUCGCCUGGCGGACAGUUCAUUGACUACGUGAGGAGCUUUUCCAUGUAUCUGACCCAAGUAGACAACACGGAAGGUAGCUUCUUACUACUCAACGGCGUGGACGACGCACUCAUCUCUGCGAACGGCCUUGCACCGUACACUGUCAUGUUGAAAUCGGCCACACCGACUCAUUGGACAAUUGGCAUGACGGCAUUGCAGAUUGGCAACGAUACGGCGGUAUUUCCGUGCUCUACAGCAAGUAAAGGGAGUUGUGAUAGUAUUGUAGAUUCCGGUACUUCAUUACUGUCGAUGCCGACUUCGGUCCAUGCGGAUUUUGUAAGCACCUACUUGUCUGGCUGCACAUUGUACUCAUCGGGCUCCGAAAUUUACAUCUGCUCUAGCGAUGUGAAGCUGCCGCGACUUGCACUUACGUUUGGAGACGUGACAUUCUAUCUCGAAAAAGAAGACUACAUUCUUGAUUUAGGGGGCAAUAUGGUCGUGGUGGAAGUACAAGCGACGUCAAGUAAUGGCUCAUAUGAUAACACUUGGAUCAUCGGCCAAACGUUUUUGAAAAUGUUCUAUACGAAGUACAGCGUUAACGAGUCGGUGACAUUCUACUGCGUCGACAACAGCACGUGUACUGCUGGGUCUCAAGCAACCCCCUUGCCAGCAUCAUCGGAUUCAUCUGGUGACAACACUGGCGGCAACGGCUUUGGUCGCAACAACGUUCCCGGUAUAACAUAUAGUGGCAACGACAACAGCAACCUCACGAUGAUCCUGGGCAUUGUACUGGGCAUACUGGCCUUCUUAUUUAUCAUAUCGAUCGUGGUACAGCUAUUCCGAUACAUCUGCAGUCGCAGACGUGCCUCUCAGCAUGAGCAAUCGAUACAGUCAGUUAGGGUCGUACCUGAUGGCUACAACCAGCAGCAGCCCGCCGAUCAGCCUACCCAAGGAUAUUACAUCCAGUAUUGA